AUGAUUUGUAAAGGGCAAAUAAUAGCUUAUUAUAAUGGUAAAACAUAUCCAAAAUAUAUUAAUUAUACUUUUGGAAAAAUUAAUGAUAUAUUAGAAAGAAAAUAUGAAAAUGAUAUUGAUACAUAUGGAUUAGAAAUUUUUCAAAAAUCUCAAGUUAUUAUUAAUGCAACAAAUAAUGAAACAAUUAUUAUAACUGAUAUUUAUUGUACAAUGAAUAAUCAAUGUGCAUUAAUUGAAAUAAAAAAAUUAUUUAUUAAAUAUAAUAAUCAAAUAAAUCCAUAUUAUGAAUUAAAACCAUUAAUUUAUGUUGAUAGACCAUUAAAAAAACUUUCUUGUUUUGAUAUUUCAAUUGAUAAAAAUCAACAAUGUAAUAUAACAAAUGAUAAUAAUUCUGUUUGUUUAUCAUAUUUAAAAGAUUUUAAAUAUGAAUGUUCAUUUGCAUUAGAUAUAUAUAUACAUGUUGAAUUUAUAAUAACAAUACCAAUGUUCUUAUCAUUAAAACAAAUGAAUGAAUUAGUCAAAUGUAAUAAAGAUAAUUGUAAUAGUUUUGAAACAUUAGCACAAAUUGAGAAUAUUACAAGAAAUUAUGCUUAUGGUAAUGUUAUUAUGAAAAAUAAUUCUAUAGGACAACGAACAAAUAUAAAUCAAAUUUAUUAUAUAUUUUUAUCGAUAUUUGUUUUAAUAAUCUUUUCUUUUCGAUAUAUUUAUAUGAAAUAA